GUUUUGUCGAAACUUAUGACACGAGGUAAGUAGGUAGGUACACCUAUGCAUUCACAUGUCUCGCCUAUCUUAUACUUGACAUCCUCAACGUUCAUCUUGUUUUCAAUAACAAAUUGCAUUUCGAUUCUUAACGAUCUUCGAGAAUUAGUGAAACCGCUUGAAAGAGCGAGGCUGAAAAUCGUGAUUCCGCAAUUUUAGAAAUCUCUGAAAUGCGGUAAACUGCAAUAAAGCAAAACGUAUUCAUAUUUUGAAAAACUCGACUACUUUAAACUCGUUAUAAAAUUGCCAAGUAGUGAAUUUUUCCCCGAACGUUACGUUUCGUGAACGUUACUAACUUCAGCCUCGUUUGAAAGAAGAAGAGACCAGAGUUCAACUGCAGUUUUAAAUCGGUCGAGUUUUAAUCUAGAAUAUAAACGAAAAGCUAGAUAUCGCCGCUUGUUUCGUUACAUAACUUGUGCAGAAAAGUAAAGAUUCGAUAUUUUGACAACAGGGCCGACAGAUGGUUCCUCUCCGUGAACACUGACGUAACACCGCGAGCUUACCACGGUCUUUGUACGUUGAACAACGUGAUAUACAUGAUCGGGGGUUUCGACGGUAACGAGCAUUUCAACACCGUGCGGUGUUACGACCCGGUAACAAAGGAGUGGAGAGAACGAGCCUGCAUGUAUCACGCACGAUGUUACGUCAGCGUAUGCACACACGGGGGAAAGAUAUACGCCUUGGGAGGCUACAACGGUAGGACACGAAUGAGUUCCGGUGAACGUUACGAACCGCAUAGAAAUCAGUGGGAAAUGAUACCAUCGAUGCAUCGUCAGCGUUCGGACGCAAGCGCUGCUGCACUUCAAGACAAAAUUUAUAUCGUUGGUGGAUUUAACGGACAGGAAGUCCUGAGCUCAGCUGAAGUAUUCGACGUCGAGACCAGCCAAUGGAGCUUCAUUCAUUCCAUGACAAGUCCUCGUUCCGGUGUUUCCCUCGUCGCUUUUCGCGACAAUCUUUACGCCCUCGGUGGAUUCAACGGAUUCACGCGUCUUAGUUCAGGUCGAUAUUACUCGUCAUUUUCGUCAUGUUAUGAGAUUAGGUUGAGGUGUGUUAACGAGUCGUUUGCGUCACAAUUUUGCAACAUAUCCCGAACCUGACCAUGAUGAAUUCUAAACUACCGAUAAACACUGGAGAUAUUUCUGAUAUUCUGAUAAACGUGUGGUUGUUGUGCUCCUGGCAGGCGAACGAUACAAUCCAAAUCAUUCGUCAGAUUGGCACGAAGUGACGGAGAUGUUCAGUCCGCGAAGCAACUUCGCCACGGUUAUUCUUGACGACAUGAUAUUCGUCAUCGGCGGUUUUAAUGGUAAAUCAUUGCAAGGCUUAUCGCGUAAGAUCAUCA